AUGUGUCACAAACGAUUAACUGACGAUGAAAUUGCAAACUUUUUAUUAGUUGGUGAUUUGUCAGACAUUGAGGAGCUGGAUGAAGGGUAUGAAAGGAUAUUCAAGAAAUACAACCUCCUAAUAACCCACCUUCCAGAUGCACAUGAUCGUCAAGAACUAGUCUUUUUACAAGAAAAUGAAAACGAUAACGAUCUCGAGUAUGACUGGAGUAAUAUUCCUUUAGGAGACUCUAAUUGGACUAAUAACACUUGGACUACAUCAUACCCAACUUGCACUUCCUCAUUACCAGACCCCCCUAUAGAAAAUCUAUCUCCACUUCAAUAUUUUAAGUUUUUUGUAGAUGACAAUAUACUUCAAAAUUUUGUUGAACAAACCAAUUACUAUUCAUGUCAAGUAACUGGAUCUAGUAUUAAUACAAAUAUAUCAGAAAUGGAGCAGUAUAUAGGUAUUCAUUUUUACAUGAGCAUUGUAAAAAUGCCAAGUUACAGAAUGUUUUGGUCAAGACAAACUACAUUUACUAUGGUUUCUGAUACCAUGUCCCGCAACAGAUUCGAUAAAUUGCGCACAUAUUUUCACUUGAACAACAAUGAUAAUAUUUUGCCCAGGAAUAAUGUUAACCAUGAUAAAUUAUUUAAAGUUCACCCAUUUAUUGAGGCUGUAAGAAAUAACUUUAAAAAAAUUAAAAUCGAAGAAUAUAGUGCGAUUGAUGAAAUUAUAAUACCAUUCAAAGGUCGAUCAAAACUAAAACAGUACAACAAAAAUAAGCCUCAUAAAUGGGGCAUUAAAAUGUUUGCUAUUGCAUCAAAAAGUGGUAUUGUUCAUGAUUUUGAGAUAUAUGUGGGAAAAGGCACAAUUCAAGAAUCACAUAUGGGCAAGGGCGCCCAUCUGUCAAAACCUAGGGGGGUGACAAUCAUAAAAUAA